UCUUUAGCUGAGUUUGAGUUUACCAUCACCAGCAGAUGAUGUGUGCAGCCCAUGAAAAUACUGAUGGUUUGGUAUUCUGAUACUGUGGUAGCCCAAAAUCUUGGCUGGUGAGAUCUUAUGGCUUGUGUCUCUUUCUUCAAUUCUUGGGGGAGAGGCGUCCAUAUUUCAUCUCAUCUCUUUAAUUGAAGCCAUCCCCACUUCCCCACAACCUCUUCUCUCCACCAACACCCACAGAACUUCCUGGUUCUUCUCGUCCGACCAUCCUUUUCCUCCUUUGGACCCAAAGCAGCUCGAGCGAGUUCUCGGAGAUCUGUCCUGCUUCCACCGUCUCCUCAUCACCAUCAGGUUCCGUUUGCACCUGUCAAGACAGUGUCUUCCUCUUUCUUCUCUUUGGGCCAUUUGACAUGGAUUUCAACUACUGAAGCAUGUCGUCUGCGAACUCCGAUAGCUCAGGCAACUCGGGCGCUGCAAACGGCACAGGCAAGCCGAGCCGGUACGAGUCACAGAAGCGGCGCGACUGGAACACCUUCAGGCAGUACCUACGGAACCACCGCCCGCCGCUCGAACUCUCCCGGUGUAGCGGCGCCCAUGUGCUCGAGUUCCUCCGUUACCUCGACCAGUUCGGCAAGACAAAGGUCCACGCCGCCGGCUGCCCCUUCUUCGGCCACCCGCAGCCCCCGGCGCCGUGCCCGUGCCCCCUCAAGCAAGCUUGGGGCAGCCUCGACGCACUUGUCGGCCGCCUCCGCGCCGCCUUCGAGGAGAAUGGCGGCCAGCCGGAGGCCAACCCCUUCGCCGUCCGCGCAGUUCGGCUAUACCUCAGGGAGGUAAGGGACAGUCAGGCCAAAGCGAGGGGAAUCGCCUACGAGAAGAAGAGAAAGCGGCCGCCCCCGCCACCGCAGGGCCACAGCCCACAGCCACCGCUCCCCAUGGUAGCGGCGCCUCCUGCCGCGGCUUAUGCUCGGCAGGCGGCCGAUCUAAAUCUGGUGAACGGUGCAUACACGCAUCACGUUCAUGGACACCUGAUGAUUCCCGCGACGGAUGCCGUCGGAGACGUGGUGGUCACCGACGCGCAUCCCGGUGGUAUGAUACCACUCUCCGUGCUGAACUGAACACUUGAGUUAUUUCCAGAAGAAUUCCUUUCCAAUAUGAUGUUGGACAUAACGGUGGAUGUUCUUUGUGUUGGCAGACAUUUAGAUGGAUCUCGCAACAUAUUUUGUAUAUCCUCUUUUAAUGCUUAUGGUUUUGCUUCGUGAUUA